CUUUUUGAUUUUGUAUUGUUUUGAAAUUGAUCGUUAUGGUAAGUAGGUUUGCUACUCUUGAGUCAGGUUUUUGGUAAUGUAUUUAAUGUUUCUUUGCAGGUAGCGUGAGUCAGCACUUGAGAGUUUUAUAGGUUGUUGGAGUUAGAUAAUGUUUCUUGAUAGUUUUUUUUCAUCUGCCCAAGCGAUGGGUUGUUUUGGUUGCUUUGGUUGCUCUGAGAGAUCAAGACAUUUACCAAAUCCGUGCGAUGAUGAUGAUGAUGAUGAUGAUAGAGGAAGUGGUGAUGAAACCAGCAAUGCGGGAGGAGGAGGAGAUGAAGAAGAAGAAGAGGAAGUGGAGGAGCUGAGCCGUUCCAAAAGAUCUGAAGAGAUUUUGAUAUGUAAACUACAAAAUGGUUUAAUCUGCAGGCAGUUUCCAGUUAAGGAAACCUACAAACUUGUACGCGGAGAGGAUGAAGAUGGAAAGAAGACAAUAAAUGAGUUUGUUCGUGAGCGUAAAAUUGGAGCUGGUAGUUAUGGGAAAGUGGUUUUAUACCGAAGCACUGUCGAUGACAAGUAUUAUGCUAUUAAGGCUUUUCACAAGUCACAUUUACUAAGGCUACGGGUUGCACCUUCAGAAACUGCUAUGGGGGAUGUUCUUCGUGAGGUUAUGAUUAUGAAAAUCCUGGAGCAUCCUAAUAUUGUUAAUCUCAUUGAGGUGAUUGACGACCCUGAGUUUGAUGAGUUUUACAUGGUUCUCGAAUAUGUUGAUGGAAAAUGGGCUUAUGAUGAUUCUGGUGCUCUCGGAGAAAAUACUGCUAGAAAGUAUUUGCGGGAUGUAGUUGCUGGCCUCAUGUAUCUUCAUGCUCAUAAUGUAAUUCAUGGGGACAUCAAACCAGACAAUUUGUUUGUUACUAAAAGUAUUUGCGGGAUGUAG